CUGUUGUUACUGAGACCGAGGCCCUUUGUUCAAGGAGAGAGAGAAAGAGAAGCUCAGUCUAGCCUUCUCUCUCUUACACUUUCUUUCUCUUUCUCUCCCUGCCACAUUGUCUUGUUCUGCUUCGGAAUCUCAUCUCACUUCCACGCAUUAAAGCAUCGUCCCUUGUUCACUCUCUUUCCAGUCGUUACGGUUUCGUAGUUCUUCUGCUUUUGCUUCUUUGCCCACCCUUUCAUAUAGUGCAUUUAAUAGUGCGAGAAGAAGGAAGCCAUAAAACCCAUUUUAACGCUUAUUUUGUUCUUGUUCCAAAGCUCGAUAUAUUGAAAACCCGGGAGCUGGGUAAGGAAAAUCUCUGCUAAAUCCCAGAUAUCCAGAAUUAUCUGAGAAUACCAGGAGAGCUGUAUGAAGUGGUAGUGAAACAAUGAGAGAUGAAAAUCCCAAGAAAAGCAAGCUCUCAUGGUCAAAGAAAAUGGUCAGGAAGUGGUUCAAUAUCAAGAGCAAGACGGAGGAUUUUCAGGCAGAUGAUGUUAAUUGCGGUGGAGGUGAUACGGAAUACAGGACUAGCUUCUCAGAGAGGGAGCCAUGCACAAUCAAAAAAAGCAAAACUGAAAAAUUUUGCCGGAACACGGAGCAGGGCCGGCGAGGAAGAAUGAAUCUUGACCACCCCCGAAUCAUAGACGUGCAGAACUAUAGCAUAUUCGUUGCUACAUGGAAUGUGGCUGGAAGAUCCCCACCCAGUAAUUUGAAUCUGGAUGACUGGCUUCAUGCCUCGGCACCUGCUGACAUUUAUGUUCUUGGAUUUCAAGAAAUUGUUCCAUUAAAUGCCGGUAAUGUUCUGGGUGCAGAAGACAACGGUCCUGCCAAAAAAUGGCUGGCUCUCGUUCGAAAGACUCUGAACAAUCUUCCUGGGACCAGUGGGGUUGGUGGAUGCUAUACACCAUCACCCAUUCCAGAACCAAUGGUAGAAAUAAAUGCAGAUUUUGAGGGGUCUACUAGGCAGAAGAACUCAUCUUUCUUCCAUCGUCGAUCCUUCCAGACAACCCACAGCUGGAGAAUGGACAGUGAACCUUCAAUCCCACAACCAAGACUUGAUCGUCGAUUUAGUGUUUGUGAUAGAGUAAUAUUUGGCCACCGGCAAAGUGAUUUUGAUCCCAAUUUCAGAUGGGGUCACCGGCCGAGUGACUAUUCCCGGCCAAGUGACUAUUCCAGACCAAGCGACUAUUCCAGGCCAAGUGACUAUUCCAGAUGGGGUUCAUCAGAUGAUGACAAUGGGCCAGGGGACUCCCCAAGUACUGUGUUGCAUUCACCAAUGGCCUAUGGCGGAUUUCAAUCUUGCGAAGAUGGAUAUAGAAUGCCAGGGCGUUCGAGGUACUGUUUGGUUGCAAGCAAACAGAUGGUCGGCAUAUUUCUCACAAUAUGGGUAAGAAGUGGAUUGAGGGAUUCCGUUCGGAACAUGAAAGUUUCUUGCGUUGGCCGAGGAUUGAUGGGUUACCUCGGAAAUAAGGGAUCAAUUUCAGUCAGCAUGUCUUUACACCAAACAACAUUUUGCUUCGUCUGUAGCCAUUUGACCUCAGGGCAGAAGGAGGGUGACGAGCUAAGAAGGAACUCUGAUGUCAUGGAAAUCCUUAGGAAGACAAGGUUUCCCCGCGUUCAUGGCUCUGGAGAUGGGAAAUCCCCCGAAACUAUCCUCGAGCAUGAUCGAGUUAUUUGGCUUGGGGAUUUGAAUUAUCGUAUUGCUCUCUCUUACCGCUCUGCCAAAGCGCUUGUUGAGAUGCAAAACUGGAGGGCAUUGUUGGAGAAUGACCAGUUACGAAGAGAGCAGAGACAUGGUCGUGUUUUUGUGGGGUGGAAUGAGGGGAGGAUUUAUUUUCCACCAACUUACAAGUAUUCAACUAAUUCAGACAGAUAUGCAGGGGACGAUAUGCAUCCAAAGGAGAAACGCAGAACGCCUGCUUGGUGUGAUAGAAUUUUGUGGUAUGGAGAAGGUCUCCAGCAAUCAUCCUAUGUCCGGGGCGAAUCUAGAUUUUCAGAUCAUAGACCCGUUUAUGGCCUAUUUUGGGCUGAGGUUGAAUCAAGCCAUAGCCGUUUGAGGAAAAGCAUGAGCUGUUCCAGUUCCAAGAUUGAAGUGGAGGAGCUUCUGCCGUAUUCGCAUGGAUAUACUGAACUCAACUUUUUCUAAACGAAAGAAGAAUAAUUGCGAUCCACGUUAGUCUGCACUUGAUGCAUCCUGGGUGGCUGGAAGUACUAAAAUGGCUCGGUAUGCAAGUCUUAUUAAUGACAGUAGCUCCCAGCCUCCUGCAAGCCAUUCUAUAAUAAGCCUGGAGGAUAUACUUUGUACAAUAUCCCCCACCUGGAUCUGAAUCAUGCCUAUUUCCCAGAACGUGCACUUUGCAUAAUCUGAAAGGUUGCAGGCGGGAAUAACUUUGAAGAAAUUCAUCCUUGAAGGGUGAUGGAGACAUUCCGUUGCCCACGUACCAAAAGAGGAGUUGAUUCUGUAAUUUUGUCACCAACACAAUAUACCUUCAAACAUCAUAAGCGUUAGCUAACAACGUAACAGUAUCAGUAUGAUGCAUUAUUUCUGUUUCCUGAUUAACAAGCACCCUCCUUCUGGCAUCUCAGAGUCGGGCACGGGUAUAAUCCUAUAUAUAGUGAUCAGGAUGAACUCAACGUAUACAGAAGUGCCAUGUGGGAGAUGACAAUUUUUUUCUAUUCGUGAUUUUUUAAUUUGUUCAGGAAAUAUAUAGAUGACUGAAUGGAGGUGAAAGAUAGUCAAAAUAAUCCUGUGUACUAACUUUAAAUGCUAAGAAAAGUAAAGAAAGAUUUGGUGGAUACUCAUUGUGAAAGUAAUGUGAAAAAUGUAAAGAAAAGAAAAGGAAGAAGUUGAGUAUAGAAAUCUGAAGCCUCUUGCUCUCUGUAUUGUUAAUGAUUCUACUGAAAAAA